UGUUUUUAUGACAAUGUAAUGUAAUAUGUUAAUCAAAAAAAAUGUUUUUUUAACAUUUAUUGAUGUUCAUAGAGAAUGUUUCCCUUUACGAAGAAUGUUCUGGAAACAAAAAGAAAACUUGCCGCUUAAAACGUUACUAUAACAUUGCAUCAGUUAUAUUGUACCGCUCUCACAAUGUUUUUAGAACCAAAAAUUGCUAGCGGUGUAUACAGUAUAUAGGCCUACGUUACAUCAUCAGUCAGUGAGCUCCCUGACUGUGGCCAAUACAGAUGUCUUGUUAUGUUAUGGAUCAUUUGCAGGAACAGGAUGUGGGUCUUCAUAUUUCUUUAUUUCGUGGGACUUAACAUCUGUCAGGCUGUCAAAACAGGAAAUUCAACACAAAUGUAUUAUGUCAAACUGACGAUAGAGGAAAAUGCAAUCCAAAAUGUAACCGAGAUACUGAAACCUUUUGUGAGUGAUACCAGCCUGAACGUUGACAGCCUUGAAAUAACAACAGUCUGUGAAAACGUCUCGGAUGGCUCAAAGUGUCACUGCAAGUCUAACUUCACAUGGAGUGAUAAACUUUGUCAAUCUGAUCAGAAAUGUUGUGGCAACGAAACAUGCACCUUUGCCAGUAACUCAGCUCACAUGUGUGUUUCAAGCAAGACAGUUGCUAUCAAAGGAAUAAUUCGUUUGCAAGACCUAAAGUAUCAUUCAUGUCUGGGAGAUAAAGACAGUGAGGAAUUCAAGGACUGUAACGGAAAAUUGUUACAGGAGUUGAAAAAAGUGUACAGCACUUUGAAGGGAUUUGACACCUUAAGAAUUACUAAAUACAAGGCUGGAAGCAUCAUCGCACAUUUCGAAUUCAUCAUUGCUGGCGAAGUCAAGCCACAAGAUUUGAUUGAAAAAUCCGAACAUCUGAAUGCCAGUUUAUCAGCAACUCUUAAUUUGGAGACUAAAGGUGUUGUGGAUUUAAAAAUGCCGAAAAACCCUGUGUGUUACAACAAAAAGUCCACGCUGAUAUGCACAUUAGAGGAGGACCUGAAAACUGCACCAGUGUGGAAGCUGAAGAAUGUUGUUGGUGAAACAUUUGAGAUAUUUAAUGGCACAGAGUCAAAGGUGCAAUCUACAACCCGUGACACCACUGUGACACUGGAGAACCUAUCACAACGCUGGGCAGGGAAUUACACAUGUGCCUAUCAUCAGAUGUCAGAUUUUUACACCAUAACUCAUCAAGCCAGCGCUGUAUUGGACAUAUCCCUCCUGCCAAGCAUUGAAAUCACCACUGAUCCACCAUUUCCACGCUGCACUAAAAGUUCAGAUUUACUGAAUAUAAGAGUCCAGUGUGAGAUAGAGCGCAGCCAUGAAAAUUAUAUUGUGUCAUGGAACAAAAAAAACGUCUUGGGAGAGAUACAACCUGCUAGUCCUUCUGAGAAAAAUGGAAAAACUGAAGUUCAUGCAGUUUAUACAAUCCUCAAAUGUAACGAACGAACGAAAAUACCACAAGUAAAUUGCACUUUUACAAACAGGUGCAAUGAAAGCAGAACUGCAUCAACUGAUAUCAAUAUCAUAUACGAAAAUGAUCGGUUCUGUGAGGCUGACGGUGAUUGGAAAGAAACCAAAGCUGGAUUCACUGCAGUGUUGAAAUGCAAGGACUCGGCUGGAAAAGAACAAAGGCUCUGCAACAACGGCUCUACAGUGGGGGAUUGGAAACCCAAGAUUUCACGGUGUGUGAACCAGAGAUUGGACCAAGUGCUGCAGAAAGCACAGACUGCAGACACCGGACUUGGCUCACUAAAUGAAAAUGCUGCAAAAGUGUUUGUCCUCCUUGACAACGUCACAGCUGAACCACACAACAUCAACAGUUUCUCAAAUAUUAAUGCAUCUGUUCAAGUACUCUCCAGUAUGAGUCAAAAGCAAAUAAGCAUAAAUGUUUCGACAAGGAAUGACUUUUUGCAGUCAUCCAGCAAUUUGUUGGAUAGCUCUCUUAACGACUCAUGGAUAUUAAAGACUGAUGAAGACAAUACUUCAGUGGCUGAGACAUUCCUGAAUUCUGUCGAGACCUUGAUUGAAAUGUCAAACUUAACAAAUGCCCCUAAAAAGAAAAACAUUGAGGUAGACUCAUUCAACUGCAAACAGAGCUCAGAAUGUAAAAACACAGUGUUUGAUGUUAGCGUCAGUCUUGAUAGUCCCGACCAUGGCACUGUGAAAACAGCUGGGUUUAAAGAGCUAGGGAAGUAUUUAUCCAGAAAUGAUACGGCCUACGAGCCUAACAGCAUUGUUGUGUCAACAACUGCUGAAAAACAAUUGGAUUCAGUUACGAUUAAUAUCAACUUUAAGUUGCUCAAACCGAGGAAUCGCGAUGUCAUCAUAAAGUGUGUCGCCUGGAACAACAACACCCAUGACUGGUCUGAAGAUGGAUGCAAAUGGAUGGGUCCUUCUAAUGAGGGUCUUUGCAUUUGCGAACAUUUGUCCUCAUUUGCCAUCCUAAUGUCGAGGUAUCAGUUGACGAUCCCCUGGAUAGAGGAGGUGACCUACAUUGGACUGUCUGUAUCAAUUGUUUCUCUCAUUAUCAGCCUCGGGGUAGAGCUGGCCGUCUGGAACGCUGUAGUUAAAACAGAUAAUUUAUAUCUACGCCAUACUGCCCAUGUAAACAUCUCUCUUUGUUUGCUAGUUGCAGACUCCUUUUUUAUAGCAUCCUCUGGACCCAAUAUUUCGGAAUUGUGGUGUAAGGUCUCUGUCCUGUUGAAGCAUUUCUGUUACCUGUCCAUGUUUUUUUGGAUGUUUUGUCUGAGCAGCAUGCUUCUUCACCAGUCAGUUUUUUUGUUCCAUAAGUUGAGCAAGAAAGUCUACCUGAAGUUCUCCAUAGCAAUGGGCUAUGUGUGUCCUUUGCUGAUAGUUGUUGUCACGUUCCUUACCUAUAAGGCUGGAGCAGAUGGCGAGUAUUUCUCUAAAGACACGUGUUGGCUGAUUUAUUCUGGAUUUAUGAAAGGGUCCAUCCAUACAUUUGUUGUACCAGUUGCUGUGAUUGUCCUCUUCAAUGUAUUCUCCAUGGCGGUUGUAAUCUUCAAGCUUUUGGACCAUGCUGCUCAUACAGAAAAAUUGAAUGAAUAUGACAGAAGAGCUGCUGUAACAGUCUUGAGAUCGGUUAUCCUUCUGACUCCGAUCUUUGGGGUGACUUGGGCUUUUGGCUUCGCCGUGAUGCUUCUUGACCUCACAGCUGGAAUCCUGGUCUUCGUAGUCAAUUAUGUCUUUACCUUGCUGAACUCAUUCCAGGGUUUUUUCAUUUUGUUAACCACAUGCCUGGGGGACAAACUGACCCGUGAAGCACUGCGGAAUCGUCUGAGGAAAAAGGCUCCAGCAUCAACUACUGACAGCACCACAAAGCUAGAUUCAAUUAGGAAGAAGUGAAAAUUGUCUCAAAAUAAGUACACUCUUCAACAGAAAACACACUGCGUUUUAAACAUAAAACUGUAGAUAAUAGCUUCUUAAGUUACAUUUAUAUUGUUAUGUUUUGAUUAAUUACCUAUGAUAGAAGUCCAAUGCAUAAUGUUUGUUCGAUAGAUAAAUAUUUCCAACCUGUAUUU